AUGCAGGCAGCUCUGCGCCACCCUCCCGAGCCCCGCGCGGCUCGCGCCGGGAUCGGGAGGGUGGCGCGGAGCUGCAGGAAGCCCUGGAGCGCAGGCGGCUCCGCGCCACCCUCCGGGCCCCGCGCGGCCGCGCCGGGAUCUGGAGGGUGGCGCGGGCUGCAGGAAGCCCUGGAGCGCAGGCAGCUCCGCGCCACCCUCCGGAGCCCCGCGCGCGCCGCGCCGGGAUCGGGAGGGUGGCGCGGAGCUGCAGAAGCCCUGGAGCGCAGGCAGCUCCGCGCCACCCUCCGGAGCCCCGCGCGGCUCGCGCCGGGAUCCGGAGGGUGGCGCGGAGCUGCAGGAAGCCCUGGAGCUGCAGGCAGCUCCGCGCCACGCUCCGGAGCCCGCGCGGCUUCGCGCCGGGAUCGGGAGGGUGGCGCGGAGCUGCAGGAAGCCCUGGGGCGCAGGCAGCUCCGCGCCACCCCUCCGGAGCCCCGCGCGCGCCGCGCCGGGAUCGGGAGGGUGGCGCGGAGCUGCAAGAGCCCUGGGCGCAGGCAGCCCGCGCGCCACCCUCCGGAGCCCGCGCGGCCGCGCCGGAUCUGGGAGGGUGGCGCGGAGCUGCAGGAAGCCCCUGGGCGCAGGCAGCUCCGCGCUGCCCUCCGGGACCGCGCGGCCUCGCGCGGGGUCCGGGAGGCGGCGCGGGAGCCGCAGCCCUGGAGCGCAGGCAGCUCCGCGUGCCACCCUCCGGAGCCCGCGCGCGGCUCCCGCGCCGGGAUCCCGGAGGGUGGCGCGUGA